CUGCUCGACGUCCAUUGCGCCACUUACAGCAAACAAAACAUCGGCCGCGGCCUUCGUUCCGGGAUACGACUCCGCGGCAUGCGGAAACCCUCGGCUUGUGCUGCAUGCCGAGCCCGUCGGCGCAAAUGCCACAUUAGAGAAGGCCUCGAUGAGUGCAUCUACUGCAGCGAGAGGGGGAUCAAAUGCGUCCAGCAACCCCCGGAAGGCGGGUACUACGAGCAGAGGGAGAACCAGCGCAGACAGAACUUAGAUGAGCAGUAUCAUCAUCAUCAUCAUCAGCAGCAGCAGACUGCUACUCUGCAGCAGCCCCGAGCACAAGCAAGUACAUCGCCCGCAUCUCCGGCCGGCGGCUGGUGUGCCCGAUGCGAGACCUCGCCGCAUACCACGCUGCCUAGUCUGCCCGUCCGGCUGGAUCUGGUGAGACUCUACUUUGACUACAUCCAUGACCAAUUCCACUCGCUCUUCCAUCGACCGAGCUUUAUCGAGGACGCCCUCGCCGAUCAAGUGCCCCACGGCAUCUUGUACGGCAUAUGUGCCCUGGCUGCAAGAUUCUCAACCGAUCCCGCGUUCGCGGAUAUUGACCUUCGAGAACGAGGGUAUGGGUACCUGCAAGCCGCCGAGGCCUGCGUGAACCUACGCAAAGCAUCGUUAACCGCCAUCCAGCUCUGCGUGCUAGUCGGCGCGGCGUCGACGGCCAACGGCGAUGGGGAAGCGGAGAAUAUCUACUACGGCGUAGCAUGCCGGAUGGCGCAACUCCUCGAUCUCCCCAACCGGCCGGUAGCCAGCCUGCUGGAACGCGAGAUCAACAUACGGGUCUGGUGGUCACUCUGCAUGAUCGACGUGUGGUCAUCCACCGCAGUCAAGCUCCCGAAGCUGCUGCCGGCCAGAUCCGACAUUCCCCUGCCGAUGGACGAUCUGCCCUUCCUCUCCCUGAGCCGCAGCGCCGGCGUCCCCGCGGGCCCCAUCUCGACCCAGAGCUCCCAGCACCUCUCGCAGAUGGUGAGGCUGAACCGGAUCCUCCUCGACAUCAACGACUUCAACCAGCGCUGCGUCGCCGAGAACCCGGACUGGGACGCCCUCGAGGUCGGCGUCGAGACGCUCAACGCCCGCAUGGAGGCCUGGCGCGCCGCGCUCCCGGACAACAUGCGCGACACGCCCGAGAACUUUGCCUGGUUCGCGGCCCGCGGGCUCGGCCGCACCUUCGCCGCCGUCUACCUCGGCUACUACCACUACGGACAGCUGCUGUACUACCAGUUCCUCUACGGCGCCGCGGCCACGACGGCCAUCAACCCGACGGCGUCGGCCUCGGUGGCGCGCCGCGACUCGUACGCGAGCAGGUGCAAGGACCACGCGGCCCGGCUCUGCGAGAUGGUCUACCGCGCGCAGACGACCGCCGGCGCCGACGUGCGGUACUCGAUGGCGGCGCACGUGCUGGUCAUCGCGUCCACGGUGCAGAUCCACACGCUCCUGUUCAGCGGCGACGAGGCGGACAUCGGGCUCGCGCGCGGCCGGCUCGAGAGGAACUUUGAGCUGCUCCUGCAGCUGCGGUGCUACUGGCCGACGGCCGACCGCGCCAUCAGCCGUCUGAGGGCGUUCCACGAGACGGCCCGGACCAGCAUCGACACCAGCUUCGUCCUGGACCGCUGGAUGCUCCGGUUCCUGGUUGAAUUCGCGGAGCCCAUGGAGGAGAAGGAUGUCGGAACUGGCCGGCCGCGCGGGGAUGGAGACGAGAUGGAGUCGCUGUGGACGAUGGAGGGGCUCCGGUGA